CGAGAUGGAACUUUUCUGAAAUUCUUUUUUGGGAUGGCCUCUGAUGCGAUGUUUUGAAAAUCAAAAUUCUUUUUCCCUCUUCCUGUCCACCAGAACAAGGUUGCGUGUCACCCACCCAUAUAUUUCAACACUCAAAAGAGCAAAACAAGAAUUAUAACAGAUUUUACCAUGAGAAUUUCGAUGCUCCUUCUUCUCGUUGUCGGCCCAUUUUGUGGGUCGGCCUUCAUUUUCGAAAAACCACUCGCCGACAUMAAAAAAGUCGUAGAGGCCCAGCACCAAGAGCGCCUUUCUUUUGGUCUUAACAUCGGAAAGCCAGGGGAUAUCUCAAGACUGCCGAUCCAAGGAAUAGAAUUCGAUCUCACGAAACAUACCCCUAAAUCCACCGAUGACUUCGUCAAAAUGCCCGGAGCGCAUGGACCUCCACAACUGCGAUAUCUGAGUGGUGGGGUUCACACGUUGAGUGUUGUAAGUAACGGAUCCUUUGUAUCCAUGGCGGGAAGCGAGAUCGUCGAGGUCCUGAAAGGAUGCUGGGAGAUCAUUUGGAAAGACGGAGAUCCAAGUGGAAGUCUACUCUGCGGUUUCGAAGUUGACCAAGAUUACAAGCGAAACGACGCAAUUCUUCCCAAAGGAAACGUGUAUGUUUCCUUCAAUGCUUGGACAAGUGAAGGCCUUGAACAAGCACAGCAAAGGAAAACCCGCAUAAUGAAACUUGCAACCACUGCCUUGGAGAAGAAACAAGAAGAACUCGACAUGAUGAAAAAGACAAGCAAUUUGAUCCAGAAGGCUAUUCAUUUCUACAAUGCAAUAAACGCUGUGGAAGACUACACGUUGUUACCAGUCAAGACAGUGGAGAGCAUUCCCGAUCCCGACAGCGUUGUUCAUUUCAAAGGUGACCUUUUUUUAAGUACAAAAGGUAUGGUCUGGAGACGAGAUGACAGUAAUGGCAAACCGACGGUGAUUGGUAAUGCCCUGAUGAACUCUACUUGAAAAGACAUAAGACUUUUGAUCGUGAAAUGUCCUGCUUUUCCACAAGGUAAACCCGUAGAYAGCGACUCGUUAAUUCUGGGAACAAUUCAAAAGCAUCGCUCGCUCUCACUUUGCAAAAACGAAACAAGAUCACUGCACGUCCCCAUCUCUAGGGGGCAGACAUUUUUUGCAUACCUUGUGUCUUCCGUACCUCCGCGGUCGUACAAAACAUUCAGAAAACGGUAAAGGACAAACGAGAACCAAUUCAUCUUGGGCUUCCAGAAUAUUCUUCUUUUGGUAAAAGCCCAUACGUAGACAGAAUAUAUUUACACAAACACA